AUGUUCUGGAGGUUUGGCGGCUAUGCCAACAUCUCGACCAUCGACACCAUCCUCGACAAGUCCGAUUUCGAACUCGAAGAGCUGCUCGACGAGAGCGACCUGAUACAGGAGCUCAAGCAACACAAUGCAAAGCUCAUCGACUACCUGAGAGAGGAGCCCGUCCUCGAGAGGUUGCUCGAGUACGUCGUCGCCCCAAGGCUCGAGGCCGUCGCGACCCCCGACCCCGACCGCGACGAAGACGAUGACUCGGACAAGGGCAAGGGCCGCUCUCUGCCCUUCUCUCGCCCCAGAGCAUCCUCGAGAGCCACCGAGGACGAAAACAGGGAAGAAGAGGCCGAGAAGAAGCGCAACCGCUACGCCUACGUGGCAGCAGAGAUCCUGUCGUCAGACAACUGGUCAAUCAGCGAGGCUCUCCUGGCAAGCAAGCCUCUGCUACGGAACUUCUGGGAUUUCCUAAAGCGGCCCGCACCACUCGACCCCCUUCAAGCGAGCUACUUCACAAAGGUCAACGAGUCCUUGUUCGACCGUAAGACGGAGGAAAUGAUCGAGUUGCUCAAAUCCAUCGACAAUGCUGUGCCCGACAUGCUAAGACACGUCGACUGCCCUAUGAUCAUGGACCUCUUGCUCAAGAUCAUCAGCCUCGAACGGACAGAUAGUGGCCAAGGAAUCUGGCUGUUCACUCAAGAGGUGAUGCCGACGCUCCUAUCCUUCCUUGGACCCGAACAUAGCUGGGCGACGCAGACCUCGGCCGGCGAUUUCAUGAAGGCCAUCAUAACCGUCUCAGCCAACGCUUCCCAAAACGAGCAGACCUGCAUCGGACCCAACGAGCUGACGCGACAGCUCGUCUCAAAGCCCUGUGUUGAGCAACUCAUCUCGUACAUGCUGGGAGGCGGGAAUGCCUUGACUGUUGGCGUGGGAAUCGUCAUCGAGGUCAUCAGGAAGAACAAUUCCGACUACGAUCCUGAUGUUGGCGCCGAAGCCACCUCCUUGCCGUCGAGCCGCGACCCCAUCUACUUGGGCACACUGCUCCGCAUGUUUGCCGACCACGUCCCCGACUUCAUGAGCCUGAUCAUGAAUGCACCCGCACAGAAGGAGCGCCUUGACUCGACAUUCGGCGACAAGAUUGAACCCCUCGGCUUUGACCGCUUCAAAACCUGCGAGUUGAUGGCCGAGCUCUUGCACUGCAGUAAUAUGGGCCUAUUGAACGAAGUCGGCUCGGAAGAAUUGAUCUCGGCUCGUGACACGGAACGGCAACGACUACGAGCCGAGGGUAGGCUGUCUCUUAUGCGUGGCGAAGAGGUGCCUUCCUCGGCAGAAGACUUGACAAUGCGCAUAUCGCACUCGUCUCCAGCGGACGAGGGCCGUCGCUUGGAGGUUACAAACGCAUCAGAUGAUGACGGCUUCGAAGAGGUCAAGAACGAUGCAGACAUGGCCGAGGACACUUCCCACGAAUUUGUCAAGGCGGAAGAGGAGAUCGCGGCAAACCGCGGCCCGUCCUUCUUGGACAAGGACGAGGAUGGCUUCGUCGACGAACCCCUGAGCUCUCCUCGCUUACACGUGAGAGACGACCCGAUAGACGAAACGGCAUUCGAGGAUCCUGACCUUGUUGUCGCACCCUUAUCACCCAGCAAAAAGCCAGCCGAGAUGCACGAGGGUGGGCCCAAAGUUGAAGUUGAAGAGUCUACACAGAAGGUGGAGGCUCUCAGUAUCGAUGAUCAGCCAGAACAUGUACAUGUGGAAGCUCGCGAUAGUACCGCCGAGUCUGAGCAAAGCGAGGACUCGGAUAACAUUGUGUUCACUCCUACCGUUUCCUCCGUUGCCGGUUCCGAGCUUGGUCAACCUGGCACAACGGAGACCCCUGCGGCUGGGCUACCAACGUCUGCUGCAGCUCUGGAGGGACUUUUACCUCACCCUGACGAUAAGCCAGCUCCUCUGUUCUCAGACAAGUCUGGAUCAUCCAAGUCUCAAACAGACGCCGGAGCAGCCGAGGCCACACCGAUUGUUUCAAAAGAUAUAGAGCAAGGCGAAGUGGCAGAAACCCCAGCGCAACCUGGCGAGGAAUCAAUAGUAGUCGGACACGCACCAGAGGCUGACGCGCCCACACAAGCCGAUGAUUCUCAGAUCACACCGGUCGUUGGGGAUUACCUAAAGACUCAAUUUGUAGAAUAUCGCGUGGUGCCUACGAUCCUGUCCUUCUUCUUCAACUACCCCUGGAAUAACUUCCUUCACAACGUGGUGUAUGACAUUGUCCAGCAGGUUUUCAAUGGACCCAUGGAUCGUGGUUUCAACCCGACCCUUGCCAUCUCGCUCUUCGAAGCAGCAGACAUUACUAACCAGAUCAUCACCGGCCAAGCCGCGAGCGAGCAGUCUCAGAAGCAGAACAAGACUCGUAUGGGGUACAUGGGUCAUCUGACUUUGAUUGCGGAAGAGGUGGUCAAGUUCACCGAGCGUCACCCGCCAGAACUUCUUUCCGAGACUGUCUUGGACCGCGUCAUGUCGCAGGACUGGAUUAAUUACGUCGAGGGCGCACUUGCGGAGACACGAGAGAGGGAUAACGCCAUUCUUGGAGGCGUGCGGCCAGAAGUCGCUCUCAGCAAUAGAGCUGCAAGCUCAGGCCUCGCAGGCGUGGGCUUGUCCAGUCUGGGCUCUGCUCUAAGCCUGUCUGGCUCGAAUCAAGGUUCCGGCUCGAAUGCCCUAGCUGAAGCCGGCCUUAACGGGGGAAUCAGUGACAUGGGCGAUAACGGGGGUGGAAAUGGCAUCGGUCCGUUUGCGAUAUCUACGGGCACCAUGAUGUCCGGCUUCGGCAGUAGCUCUGACGAGGAUGAGGACGAAGAACAAGACAACGAAGAGGACGUUACAAACGAGGUUAGUUACCCUCUUUUCCGUAUUUCGAGCAGCAUCCACUCGCAGGACCGCAUUAGAGGGCGGCUUCUGGAGAGGGGCAUGGAUGACGGCUAUGGAGGCACGGAAGACCUUAGUGAGGUCGCGGAUUUAAUGGAUGAGACGGAUGACUAUGGGGGCGAUGAGUGGUAUGACAAUGAUGACGAUAGAUUCAAUGAGGACGGUGGAAUGGCUUUGUCAAACGCUCUCCACGUCAGGCGCACUAGAGUCGCGCCGGAUCCGCCUCAAGGUUACGGCGAGAUGGAAGAUGUCGAGAUGGAGGAUGUACAGUACGUCCAACAAGCGGAGGACGAGCCAGAAGUGGAUCAUAUGGAGCAUGUCCAGCAAUUCCGGCAAACGGAUCAGCCUCCCAGGUCAGAUGAACUCCAAGGUCAGGUCAAUGCGGAAACCGGCGCAAUAAAGGCGUCUUCGGCUCAAUCUGAUCUUCAGGCGACCGGCGACCAGGACCAGCACGACCAACAGGGCGGCGGGACCAUCUCGGAUGACCCAUCCCAUGAGCGAACAUAG